AUGGCAUUUCAAUUUUUAAAUCGUUUAACACAAUCGGAUAGCAUUUUACAAUCCCUGCGACCGUUGGCAUAUAUAUCACUCAUUGGUUUGGCACCAUUUCGCUUGAGUGUUAGUAAGGAAGUGCGCACUUCUAAUUUCUCACUUGCUGCUGGCAUUUUGCACUUCCUCUUCUAUGUUUUGUGCUUUUUUCUUUCGCUACACGAAGGAGACUCCAUCAUUAGCUACUUCUUUCAGACUAGCAUAACACGUUUGGGCGAUGCAACACUCUCUUUAAGUGGGAUAAUAGCAAUGCUUAUGAUUUUUAGUGUCAUUUUCUUUAAGCGCAAUUUGCUGCUCACAAUCAUACAAAACUGUUUAGUGGUGGAUGAUAUAUUUUUGCGUCUGGGACUGAAGCUUGAUUAUCGUAAAAUACUGAUGUAUUCAUUUGUCACUUCGCUGGGACUAUUGCUGUUCAAUUUCGUUUAUCUAUUGGUCAGCUAUAUGCUAUUGCGCUCUGCUGAGAUUUUGCCAUCAUUUGUAGUUUUCACAACAUUCGCUUUGCCACAUUUAAAUAUAAGUAUUAUGGUUUUCAAAUUUCUUUGCACCACACAUCUGACACGUACGCGUUUUAGAAUGAUGAAUGAGGUACUACAGGAUAUACUGGACUCUUGUAUUGAGGAGCGCGAUGCAAUUGAGCUCUCCCCCAUGCACUCCGUAAUACAAAUACACAAUUUUAACAAUAUACCACGACGUCAUGCGCCAUCGGUUAUUCAACCAAGAGCAACGCCACGUCCACGCUACAGCGUCACUUCGCUCGUACGUAGAAAUCCUGAAGCAGCGCUGAAACAAGUCAGCAAUGUGCAUAAUCUACUUUGUGACAUAUGUUGCACAAUCGAGGAUUACUUUAAUUAUCCAAUGCUAGCUAUUAUUGCUAUUUCAUUUCUCUUUAUACUAUUUGAUGAUUUUUACAUUUUGGAAGCGGUCAUUAUGCCAAGCCGCGUGGAUAAAAUCGAAGCCGAUGAGUUCUUCGCCUUUUUCAUUACGCAAAUGUUGUGGUAUGUGGUGAUAAUCUUGUUAAUCGUCGAAGGUAGCAGCAAAACCAUAAGAGAAAGUAAUAAAACUGCAGCUAUUGUGCAUAAAAUACUAAAUAUAUCUGAUGAAUCGGCAGUGCAUGAUCGGCUGUUGCGUCUGUCGUUGCAGUUACAACAUCGACGUGUUGUGUUUACAGCCGCUGGACUCUUUAAUUUGGAUCGUACAUUGAUAUUUACGAUUUGUGGUGCUGCUACUUGCUACCUCAUAAUUCUAAUACAAUUUCGCUAUAAUCCAGCGCAUUGGGAUCGUUUGAACUCGUCAUCAGGUUCAGCUUUAGCUUCAGGAUAA